AGUCGCGCCGACCGCGGUUACGCAAUAAGUGUAAAACCUACACGGCCCGAGACAAUGGUACCGGUUUUGGCGGCACUAUUUUAGCUAUUGUACCGAGUUAUGAUGCUAUAGUGUGUAAAUCACUGCUUCGUUAGUGUAGUCUCGAUAACAACCGGCUUAAGACGUGCAGUUCCGCGAACGGUUUAUUUGGCGCACUUUUUCGUCGAGGAAUUCGAAUUUCGAACGCGUGGCCUUAUCAGUGUUUUGAUAACAGUCCACGAAUGCGCUCGCGUUUCAGUGAAAGCCACGGAAUAAUCGCCCCAGCGUGCAAGACUUUGUAAUCGAUAUUGGUUUAAUUUGGCAUAAAUAGAAACGGAAGGAAAACGCCCAUUUCUGUAACUUUGUUUUUAUGCCGAUACGGUCUUUGAAUAUAUUUAAUUGUGUACGGAUUUGACUAUCUGAACCGUGUUACUGGUGUGUGAUUUGUUACUGUUGCGUUGUGGAAUACUUCUUCUGAUUCAACGAUUUAAAGCUGUUGAGGGUCUUCGUGUAAAAAAAGCGGUUUCUGGCCCAUCCUACACAGCUCCUAAUAAGGAUACGUCAACGUCUGUGCAGCGGUGUGCCUGUUACUUCUCAUCGGCGGACUUUCCCCUAGAUCGUGCGCGGCGCCGUACCGGAGUCGCGCCAUGGACAGACAGAGGCGGGCGGCGGACGAGGAGAACUACUUAUGGCGCAACCCUUGCAGCUAUAAUGAUUCUAAUUCCAAAUCAUCAUACUUGCCAAGUAACGCGAAAUUCGUCGCACAGCAAGCCAACUACGUGUACCAACAGACGGCGAGCUACAAAGACGAAUUCACAAAGUUGCACAGUUUCGAUACGUUCGAAAACUUGCUGAAGGAAUGGAAGGACGACUGGCUGAGGAAUUUCUCGUGGUUCCGUGAAGAGGUUCUGCCGCACAAGAAGGUUCUCUUCCAAACGGUUCCUGAUGAAGACAUAGCAUCAUUAAUGAGCAAAAUUGAUGAAGUUCUCCCCUCGAUGUACAAGGGCCUGAAGAUGAUCGUGGCCAGCCUGUACAAGCUCAGUCAGAGCCUGGAGCACGACGGCAUCAGCUCGGACGAGGAGCUCGCCAACAACAUCUCUCAGACCAUGAAGGAUGUUAGAGCCGUGCUCUGCUACUUCUACGAUCUAAUGAAAGCUCGUAACCUGGAAAUCCUACCAGUGUACGACUCGGAGAUCCCGGUCAUCGACAAGAAGAACAAAUUGGAAAUCGGUCUCUACAUUUACCGGGACACGCUUAACUACCUGGAGUACCUGGGACAGGUGUUCAAGAAGAUGUCCGAAACUGACCUCCCACCAACCGCUUGAUGCAAUUGCCUUGGUUGUGCUAGCUAGAUUAAAAACCGCUGAUGAGGAACUUCGUUUACACUACCCAAUAACAUAGCUGCUAGUUUUAUUUUAACAACGACAAGAAAAGUAUUUUGGAGCGCAUUGAGGCUGCUCAGAUCGCCAUAUAAAAGACUUUUCGCAUUGUACUUAACUUAAUUUUAAUGAAUUUAAUUGUCAAAUACUCCAUCCGUUGUAGAUUGUUACUGUAUUGAGUCAACUGCGGAUUAUUCUAAGUUUUGGUCUCAUCGUUCCUCAGUUUCAACGUCGGUUGGAUGAACUUCUUGUAGUAAAAUUGAAUAUUUGGCUGUUUUUUAGCGAAUUAAUGUAGUAGAAAAACGUCAUUGCCAUUACAUUGCCAUUUUUGGUCUAGAACGGAUAAGUUCCUUUUAAUGUAAAUAGUGACGAAUUUAAAAGCUAAUUAAUUUAUUGUCUGCUGAUUAACAUUCAAAAUUUCCCGAUUAUCCUAGUCAAGGUCUUAACUUAUUUAUUUCUCAUGUAACUCCACUUAGUUUCAAUUUCUUUAUUAUUGAUUAUUUAAUUUAGAUUAUAGUAUUAGUCUUCAUUCCACCAGAUGAUAAAUGUUGUAUGAGUAUGCUGUGUAAAUUAUUUGAGCGAUGUAUGAUACUUUGAUGUGACAUUGUGGAUUGAGAGGAUAUUUAUUUGUAUACAGAUGUAGUGAUAUUAUGACGUAUCAUGGAUUCAUGACGCAACUGCUACUGUAUAUUACAAUAGUACUCUAUUCCUACUUUCUUUAGUAUUACUUUGACACUUUGUUAACUAUUUAUAUAACUGUUAAAUCCAAUGAAAUACGACUAGCUUUAAUAGAGCUGUUAAUUAUUAUUAUAAAGUACAGAGCCAGUGUAUUUAUAUCUUAAUCAUUAUUUGUACAGUUAAAAUAAUACUUAUUUAUAACUGUGGCAAACAUGGUUCAAUGUUUGUGAAAUUAAAUUAUUAUUACAUUA